GUCCGCGAGAAGACGUUCUCGUCCACGAAGCUCGUGCCGCACUCGCCCGCGAAGCUGUUCGACGUCGUCGCGGACGUGGACAAGUACGAGGAGUUCGUGCCGUUCUGCGUCGCGUCCAGGGUCUUGCGGCGCGGUCGCGGCGGCGGCGGCGGCUGGGCCGAGCUCGAGAUCGGCUUCAAGCUCUUCAACGAGCGGUACCUCAGCGUCGUGACGCUCGAGAAGGGCGCGACGCACGCGGCGGUCACCGCGGAGGCGGUCACGGACGCCCCGGACGCGAGCGGUCUGUUCGAGCGCCUGGACACGAGGUGGAGGUUCGCCCCGGGGUCGCACGACGACGAGUGCGAGGUGCGGUUCGACAUCGACUUCAGGGUGGGGUCCGUGAUACACGCGCACGCGGUCGGGUUGUUCUUCGAGGAGGUGUCUAAGAUGCAGAUCGAGGCGUUCGAAGAGCGGUGCGACGAGCUAUACGGGCGAGGG